AUGGCCAAGCCCAUCAACCAAUCCAUUCAGAGCGUGAAUGCUAAUAGCUGGCUCAUCGGUGUCACGGAGCUCGCUCCGGACGACCCUCACAUUGUACUAUGUCACGAUGUCGCAAAUGCUUCUGCAGUCUGGACCAUUGGUAGUAACACGUUCUGCAAGGUAAAACGACUUGUUGAAGGCGUCACUUCUGAACGACAGACACUUGAUUUCGUGGACAAGAUUGUUGACAGGAAAUUCACCGCCCCAAAAGUCAUAUAUUCUGUACAAAUUGAAGACCGGAGCAUUUGCAUUAUUCGAAGACUUCCUGGGCGGACUCUGGCAGAAGCUUGGCCUACUCUUGAUAGCUACUGGCGACAGAAAUAUGUUGAUGCGAUAGCAGGUAUCUGCAAUUACCUUGCUACUCUCAAACACGACAGACUAGUUGGUGUGGAUGGCAAACGUCUUCCGGAAUACUUUCUUGCCAAUGGGGAGCAACCAGAGGAUUUUGAUCCCGAAAAGUUGUCAAAGACAUGCCAAGGCAUGGGCAUGAACUGUUCUGAAUUCGUGUUCUAUCACGCCGACCUCGGUCCAACCAACAUUAUUGUGGAAACAAAACCACAGCAUGGAACCAUUGGUAUCAUUGACUGGGAGAACGCGGGUUUCUUUCCAAAGGGUUGGGUUAGGACUAAAUUUCGGCUCUGCAUGGGAAUGGAUCUAUCCGGGGAUGUGGAAGAUCCAUCGGAGUGGAGGAGCAUGGUUCAGCAAUCGCUGGGAAAGAUCGGGUUUGAGGACUACGCAAUUGCUUGGUUUGAGUGGCUGAAAAUAAGGAUGCAAUCGACGUGCAGGUAGGGGAAAUCGAUGCAGGAGCCAGAAUACUUUUUCUUUUUUCUUCCUUUUCUUUUUUAUUUUCGCUCCCGAAAAUGGAAAGGUUGUUUAGGGUUGGAUACAAGCCAGCUUUUGUCUUACAGGUAAGCUGUCGUACUAACAAAGGUCUUCCCACGUUCCAUCUGCUCUGGGCCUUGGCUGUCCAAUAUCUCUCUGGAACACAUAAUGAUUACUAGUUACAAAAAUUUCGACAAAGGCAGUGAAGUUUCCCAAAAUACAUUAAAAGGAACGUUCCUCCGUUGACAUCUUGAAUGUAAACCCAAAAAUGUAUUUUCCUAGUUGUACUCAAGUAUAGAUUUUUUUGGUCCCGUGCUG